UGAAGCCAGACUCAGGCUGAGCAAGGUGGCAGGGCAAGAGCACUCUCUUGCUUGGCUUCAUCUGAGCCCAUCACACCUCAGCUGGCUACGACCUGUGGUCUGACCCCAUUUGUCUGGAAAGAAAAAGAAGAGCCUGAAGACCAGCCACAGCCCAGUCAGAUUGAAGAAAUGUCAACCGUUGGGAAUUUUGAAGGAUUCCAGCCUGUGUCUUUGAAGCAAGAGGGUGAUGGCCAACCUUCUGAGACUGAUCACCUGUCCCCGGAGGAGGUGGAAGCUGGCAAGGAGCCAGGGCCAAGGCAGAUUUCCAGGCAGUCAAGUGUGACUGAAUCAACACUUUACCCCAAUCCCUAUCACCACCCUUAUGUCUCACGGAAGUACUUCGUUACACGGCCAGGGGCCAUUGAAACUGCCAUGGAAGACUUGAAAGGCCACAUAGCUGAGACUUCUGGAGAGACCAUUCAAGGCUUCUGGCUCUUGACAAGGAUAGAUCACUGGAACAAUGAGAAGGAGAGAAUUUUGCUGCUCACAGACCAGAAUCUCUUGAUCUGCAAAUAUGACUUCAUCAUGCUCAGCUGUGUGGAGCUGCAGCGGAUUGCCCUGAGCGCUAUCUAUCUCAUCUGUCUGGGAAAGUUUGCCUUCCCCAGGAUGUCACUGGACAAGAGACAAGGAGAGGGCUUUAGAAUCUACUGGGGCCAUCCAGAGGAGCAGUCCAUCUUGUCUCGCUGGAAUCCGUGGUCCACUGAGGUUCCUUAUGCUACCUUCACUGAGCACCCUAUGAAAUACAUCAGUGAGAAGUUUCUCAAAAUUUGCAAGUUGUCUGGGUUCACAUCCAAACUUGUUCCAGCUAUCCAGAAUGCUUGCAAGGAUUCCCCCGGAUCUGGAAAAGGGAAGAGGCUGACGGUGUUAACUGAACCCAUUUUGAUUGAGACCUACGCCGGGCUGAUGUCAUUCAUUGGAAACCGCAAUAAGCUUGGCUACUCCCUUGCCCGUGGGAGUAUUGGCUUUUGAGACUCUUUUUUGGUACCAUAUGUACAACCUCCACAAAGUUGUAUUGCCAAUUCAGCCCACCAUAUUUUUUUCUGAAACAAUUAAUUACCUUUGAAUAGCACUGCAUUAUUUUGAAUAUCUAAUAUUUCAGGAAAUCUAAAAGCUUAAGUGGAAUGAUAGAUCCACACUUUGGAACUCGAAGAAUAAUUAAAUUUCCUUAAUUCUAGAAAAUAAAUACUGCUAAACCCAUCAAAUAUAUUAUCAAAUGAGUGCCUGAUUAUAACCUUGGGGAAGGCUCUCUGGGUUCGUAUUCCUUUGGUUCUCUAAAUGCCCUCUGAUACUGAUUUAUUUUUCACUGGGGGCUCAUUGUCUCUAUCACUUUAGCUACCAUUUUAAUGGGAAUGAUUUCCAAAUCUGUAUUCCCAUCCUCCUCAAUAUUUAUUCCAAGAUUCAGUUUUUCAUUUCCGUCUGCCAAUCAUCUACAUAUUAAUGUUCCAAUGGCCCCUCGCAUUCAGCAUCUUCAAAAUCUAGGAUUUUUCUGUGGUGUUGUUAUGUUGCCAGUUAUCCAUCUCUGAAAUCUAUCAGUUUCAAUGUUUUAAAUUCUUUGCCAAAUAAAUAUAUCCUAUGAAGUGCCAUAUCUAUGCAUGGCUUAGCAUUGUACCCCAAUGCCCAAAUGUUAAAAAUUAAAGUUCUUUUUUUAAUUUCAAAAUUAUUAGUAUCUUCUUUCUCCCUCCCAUUCUUAUAGUGUAUUCUUAGAUUGAGUUUUUAAUUCUGCUUGUCUAAUUAUUACUGCAGCCUUUUAAUUGGAAACUCUAUUCCAAAUCUGAUCCUGUUUCAAUCUAUUCUGUACUUGGUUUCCAGAUUCUCAAAGAAAAUUUGAAUAUAUCAGUCCCUUGAUCAAGAACUUUCAAUAGCUCAUUUCCUUUUGGUAUUUUUUUGUUUAAGCAUUUUUUCAAGAGCAGAUUCUUUCCUUCUAAAGAGCCCUUUUUAAGAAGCCUAAUACUUAAACCAGGUAAAAGUAGGACCACUGUGGUUGAAGUGGAGCUGGUCAUGCCACUGGCUACCUCCAUUUCAGACUUCAGUGGUGCCCCACUGAAUCCACAGAUCUCAGAGGGUUUUCUGGACCAUGUUUAAAAACUCAUUUCUUGGGCAGUGCCUGUGGCUCAAAGGAGUAGGACUCCGGUCCCAUAUGCCAGAGGUGGCAGGUUCAAACCCAGCUCUGGCCAAAAACUGCAAAAUAAAACAAAAAAACUCUCAUUUCUUCUUUGCUUCUUUCUGAUUGAGGUCUAAUUUUGAACAACCCAGGAGAUUAUGUCAUCUACAUCUCUUCAAGUUUCUUUUCUGUUUCAUUUUAAAACCACAUUUCAUUUAAAUUUAAUGAGCAAACAAGUGUUUGUUGA